GACCCGCCGCAGAGCGAGCAGGGGCUGCGGGAGGACGCAGCGAGAGAGGGGACGGCUGAGUGACAACUACAGUUGUGUGUGGUGUAUUUUAUAACAGUCAGCGAUGUGGAGGCCAUCGAGGAUAUUAUCGGACUCUUAUCUAGUUUGUUUUUGUCGGACAUGAAGACUGCACCUGCCCUUUUGGAUUGACUUUACGCUGUUAAAUUCUCAUGGAGGCGACGGGACGUUUAUUUUGAAAUGUGAAAAUCAAGCUACAGCUUGCUGCGACCCCAUGAGUAAGAGGGCUGCUGAUGACUUUAAUUAGCAGACAGAGGCUACCUAAAGUGUGGGAUCUACAAACUCCAAGACAAAGAAAGAAGAGCCAAUGGCGGUCAUUAUCAAGGAACUAAGUUAACACAACCUCUUCAGUUCUGCAGCUUGAAUAAUGUCAAAUCUAAUUUAUAAAGUCAGUGGGCUAAUGUCCUGCCAAGAGCAUGUUUGCCUCAAACAUGUCAGCCCUCUUCAUACAUUUGGAAGACACAGUGAUGGAGAUUGUUUGCAAAGCUGUUGCACAGAAGCCUCCCAGUUUUUAAUCCUGUGGAUAUAAUGUACAACCCUUCAGCAUGACUUAAUAAACAAGCUCUCCCCAACCCUCGAAUGUUCAGGGAUGGAUCUCAUGAACCUUACAACUGUCAUCGAUAACGGGUUUUUGGACGAGGCUCCGUCGAGCCGCGUCCUGACUGGCUGUUUCCUCUCGUUGCUCAUCCUUACCACCUUGCUGGGAAACAUUCUUGUUUGUGCCGCCGUCAUCAAGUUUCGACAUCUACGAUUGAAGGUCACCAACUUUUUUGUGAUCUCGCUGGCCGUGUCAGACCUCUUGGUCGCCAUCUUGGUGAUGCCGUGGAAGGCAGUGACGGAGAUCGCCGGAUUCUGGCCAUUUGGCUCUUUUUGUGACACCUGGGUUGCAUUUGACAUCAUGUGCUCCACCGCGUCCAUUUUGAACCUUUGCGUGAUAAGCCUGGACCGCUACUGGGCCAUCUCCAACCCCUUCCGCUAUGAGAGGAAGAUGACACCCAGGAUGGCCUAUGUGAUGAUCAGUGUGGCCUGGACGCUAUCUGUGCUCAUUUCCUUUAUCCCGGUGCAGCUCAACUGGCACAAGGCCCAAACUAAAUCUUACGCCCCUGACACAGAGUCCUCCUCAGACUUCAAUGAUACAUCUUACCACAGCCCAGAGAACUGUGACUCCAGCCUGAACAGAACCUAUGCCAUAUCCACCUCCUUCAUAAGCUUUUACAUCCCCGUGGCCAUCAUGGUGGCCACCUACACCCAGAUAUACCGCAUUGCCCACAGACAAAUCAGGCGGAUCUCUGCCUUGGAGCGAGCGGCCGAAAGUGCCAAGAACAGACAUGACAGCAUGGGUGGAGGCUCCAGCAUGUCAGAGUCCGAGAGCUCCUUCAAGAUGACGUUCAAGAGGGAGACCAAAGUGCUGAAGACUCUGUCGGUGAUCAUGGGGGUGUUUGUGUGUUGCUGGCUUCCGUUCUUUAUACUCAACUGCAUGGUGCCCUUCUGUGAGCAGUCAAGCGGAGGGGAGGCUUUCCCCUGCAUCAGCCCCACCACGUUUGACGUGUUUGUGUGGUUCGGCUGGGCUAAUUCCUCCCUCAACCCCAUCAUCUAUGCCUUCAACGCAGAUUUCCGAAAGGCCUUCUCCAUCCUGCUGGGCUGCCAUAGACUGUAUCCAGGAGGCCACAACAUAGAGACGGUCAGUCUAAACAAGAAAUGACUCAUGACUCUCUCACAGCACUGACUCAUCCUUAAUGCUACGAGUCCUAGCGUUCCUGUGCAGGCCGGUCUGAUGGACUUCAAACGAGGACACUGCCCUUUGUGCUGAGUGUGACUGAAGAACACAACGACCCUACAUGUACCUGUGUCUGCAUUAUGCCAGUGGCCCGUCCAUGUGCCGAUGGUCAGAGUGAGCUAGCCGUGCUCACCGUGGUCGCUGCACUGUCUUCAAGGGGGGAGACGCUCCUGAAAGGGGAUUUUGGGGGAUUGAGAUUAAGACUCUUCGCUGUUGUGCCAGGAAACUGGGAGAGCCCACGCCCCCUGUUAAAGAUAAUCCAGUGACUGGGCAGCACACUCCCUAAUGCUGUCAGACACGGCUCUCUUCAAUACCAUCAGACACGUACACAAACACAAACACUGUCAAAACAUGCUCCUCCAAAUUCAGUGUAAAUGCAGCACCCAGCCUGCACUCUACGACAAAUUACAUGACAGCACACGGAAAUACUGUUACUCAUUAAGUUAGCAUCCCGCACUCUACAAGGAGUCCAGUGGAAAAAGCAUCAAACUAAAUUAGGUUCUAACUAGAUGAGCAUGUAGGUAGAGGGUGACAUGUGACUAAAGAUUACAGCACGAAUGAAAGCAUCAGAGUUUACAUACCACUCCAUCCAUUAACGAUGAGGAGUUGACACUAUUGAUGGAAGUGUUUAAUUUUGAAACUGAUCUCAUUGCUGAUACUGCUUCACACUUUACAUCUUAUCCAACUCUUGAUAUAACUUUCAAUCAAAUUUACUCAACAGACACCUCAUACAUUAUUUGUUUUACUGCUUGAGAGUGUUUUAUGGAUGUCCCAUAUUACUUUGUGUGCCCUGUAUUUUUCAUUAACAACGGUCAAUGACCUCCUAAAGGUUUUGCUCGACUUGUGGUGUCCUUGACUUCUAUGCUUACUUGGCAGCUGAUAAAUAAUUGCUAGUAACUGAAUUAUGUUUGGAUAAAUCACUUUCAAUUAGCUCUUCAAAGUAAUACAAAAACAUGGGUGUUGUAUUUAUAGGUUCGGCCAUCAUUCCUAUCAGUUAUGAUGACAGUGUAGUCCCUAAAGUAUUUUCUGACAUAUUUGAACAUUGAUAUGAUCAUUAUACAGCAGCAGCCAGUCUAUCAGACCAGGCUUACACCAGCACACGGUCAGGUCAGAUUAUUUAAACAACUAUAUUUGGAGAUAAAAUGUAAAUGAUGAUGAGAUGUAUAAUGUCACUGAUAAUCCUUGAUCACACAAUGUCUGUAUUCAUUGUUUCCUUAUUUGUGAGCUGAGGGCUUGUUUGAAAUGUUUUGGUCUGAAUAUCUGAGUGGAAGUGUCUUUUAUCUCGUCAUUUCUAUUUUUUUUUUUAGCAAUGUCCAGGUGUUUCCAAAUCUCAGCAGUUAAAGAAAUGGUAAUCUGGGAUCAACAUCCAUGAACUUGACACAGAGGAACCUGGUGUGUUUAACUAAAACUUGGUCAGACUUUGGAUAAUUCAAACGAGUAUCAUGAGUAAAUUAGAGACUUUAAGAGAUUCUGGUGGUAUAAUCGGUCUUAAUCCCUGACAUUUUGAACUUUUCCCUUACCUCAUUACCUACAAUAUUAUCAUGACAUAAAGAUAUUAUGGAUGAAUCUUUUCAAGACCAAAGAAAGAGACUCUGAAGUAUUGAGUAAGCAUUGUAUGUUGGACUGUGAAGAACAGGAUGUAUUGCCAUCAUCAUCAACAGUUACCUCUUAUUUGAUGUAAAGUAUUUAUUUUUGUAUGUGCUAAAUGGCGUCAUCACUUACCUAUGGUGAGCAUUGAUGACACAAACAAAGCUGUAGGUGGUUGUACUUGGCUAAAAUCUUUUUAGAAGUUGUUAUAGAGGUCUGACAAAUAAAUACUGUAUUAUGUUACAUUCAUAA